UAUUUAUUUUUAAUGUUUGUGAUGCAGAGGGAGGGUCGAGGGAGGGUGGUGUAAUAAAUGGAAUUGAGAUUGUGGCAGUGGGAGGCAGGGAUUGCAGUCGCCAUGGCGGCGUUGCAGUGGCUCUAAUUUCGGGUUUUUAAUAUACUCCCAAGGAGAUAAUAGAAGAAGAAGGAGGAAGAGAGGACGGAGAGAGAGAGAGAGAGAGAAGACCUCUGUUUUUUUUUUUAGUGGCGAAAGAAUCCCACGAGAGCAUAAGCGCAAGAAUUCACUGGAGCUAGGUACGAUUAAUUAAUCGAGCAGCCGGUGAUCGUCCACUUCUCUUCUGCCUAUUUCUCGAGCAGAAAAUCACUGGAGUUUUGCUCGUAGAGAGAGGUAUGUGCGAAGGUAGGUGAGAAGGAGAUAUAUAAUUAGAUCUAGUGGUUUAGGAGCUUGCUAUGGAUGAUUUAGAGGCAGCAGCUGCAUCAACAUGGCGGAAUUUUCACUAGGAGGUGGUCGACAAGGCGCGAGCGGCAGCGGUGGUGGUGACGAAGAAGGUAUCAUUCCUCCCGAGGGUUUAUUCCUUUACAGCAGCGGAAGCGGCGGAGGCAGCAGUAGAUCGACGGAGGCCAUCACCCGGGGGUUUGAGAUAUGGCAGCAGCAGCAGCAGCAAGGGGUGAGGCACCCGGCGGUGCAGAAUCUCCACAUCGCCUCGGCGCCAGCGGCGUUGCUCUCGUUCUCGAGUGAGGGGGCUGCGGGGGCGCCGCUCCAGGAGGCGAGAGGGAUGAGCUCGUCGUCGUCCUCGCGGGGCGGGGGGAUGAGCUGCCAGGACUGCGGCAACCAGGCGAAGAAGGACUGCUCCAACCUGCGGUGCCGCACCUGCUGCAAGAGCCGUGGGUUCGAGUGCGCCACCCACGUCCGCAGCACGUGGGUCCCCGCGGCCAAGCGCCGGGAGCGCCAGCAGCACCACCUCCUUGUCCGCUCCGGUGCAGCCUCCGCCCAUCCUCCAGCCGCCGAGCCUUCUAAGCGCCCCCGGGAGGGGGCCAUUCUCAACCGGCUCUCCACCGGGGGCACUUCAUCAGGCGGAGAAAUAAGCUUUCCGGCGGAAGUGAGCUCGCUGGCGGUGUUCCGGUGCUUACGAGUAAGCUCAGUGGACGAGGCGGAGGAGGAGGAGUUCGCGUACCAGGCAGCGGUCAGCAUCGGCGGCCACGUCUUCAAGGGCAUCCUCUACGACCACGGCCCUGACCAUUCCUCCUCCUCCUCCUCCGCCACCGCAGCCACACUCGCUCUCACCGCCGGCCCCUCCUCUACGUCGGUAACGGUGGCAAGCGUGCCGGCUUCAGCCUGCCUAUUGGAUCCUUCCGCUCUCUAUCCGACUCCGCUCAACGCGUUCAUGGCCGGCACUCAGUUCUUCCCCCACCAGGGGCACGGCCAUGGCCAUGGCCACCACCAUCCCCACCACCCCCCACCAAGGCAAUAGCUAGAGAUCAUAGAUAGAGCCAAUUCACAAUUAUCCAAGGCAAGACUACUUUUAUAUGGAUAUGUAGAUCAUUAAAAUUCACUUAAUUAGCUUAGAGCUACAUUAAUUAUAAUUAAGCUCCUUGAUCAAUUAUUGUCAUCUUCUUCACAGCAGCGUAGCACGUAGUGCAACUUCUUAAUCUGUCACUUAAUCAUCCUCUUCUGUAGCCCCAUUAGACAUGAACAUGAACAUUGCAUUGAUUCCAAGACCCAACGAAACCCACUGAGUCAUGAUAUCUAAUUGUCUGCAGCUUUUCCUUCAUCUACUAACCUGUGGUCUCGCUUCUUGGGAUUGCUAGGGAGAGCUCCCCAUAGAGAACAUAGUGUGAGCCCUCUCUCUCUCUCUCUCUCUCUCUCUCUCUCUAGGUCUUCAAUGCAUGGAAGAAGGAAUGACCACAACACUACAUACUCAAUUAAUUAAUUAAUUGAUUAGGACAUAAAAUACACUGGAAUUUGGCUUAUUAUAAUAUUGGAGGUGAUGUCCAAGGGAGGGAAGCAGGGCAUGAUGGCAUGCAUGAGGAAGAUAUGUUCAUAUAUAUUAAGGGGAAGCCAUGAAUUGUAGUGGAAAAAAUUACAGGUCUCUCCACAAUUAACUCGACUUCCUGCUUCAGCUAUCUAUUCUGUCUCCCUUUGUUUUAUUCUUGCAUGCAUUACAAUUUAUUACUUCAUUUCAGUUU